UUCCUCAUCUCGUCUUCUUCACAUGCGUCUCCAUUUAUUUUGAAAGCAAGAAGAAGAGGAAGAAGAAGAAGAGAAAAGAGAGAUGGGAAGAGGAAAGAUUGAGAUCAAAAGGAUUGAGAACUCAAGCAACAGGCAGGUGACCUACUCAAAGAGGAGAAAUGGGAUCAUGAAAAAAGCGAAGGAGAUCACAGUUCUAUGUGAUGCUAAGGUUUCUCUGGUUAUCUUUGCUAGUUCUGGGAAGAUGCAUGAGUACUGUAGCCCUUCUACUACGUUGAUUGAUAUGCUGGACAUGUAUCACAAGCAAUCUGGUAAGAGGCUGUGGGAUGCUAAACAUGAGAACCUCAGCAACGAGAUUGAUAGAAUCAAGAAAGAGAACGACAACAUGCAGAUUGAGCUCAGGCACCUGGAAGGGCAGGAUAUCUCUUCUUUACAACCCAACGAGCUGCUAGGCAUAGAGCAUGCCCUUGAAAAUGGCCUUGCCUGUGUUCGUGAAAAAAAGAUGGAGUUCUACAAGAUGAAGAAGAAAAAUGAGAUGAAUUUGGAAGAGGAGAACAAGCACCUGAGAUUCAUUCUGCAACAACAAGAGAUGGCCAUGGAAGAGAAUAUAAGGGAGAUGGAAAAUCCCUACCAUCAACAAAGGGUGAGGGAGUACAACUCUCAGAUGCCUUUUGCCUUCAGGGUGCAGCCAAUUCAGCCAAAUUUGCAGGAGAGGAUGUAAUAUGUUUAUAAAUGUGGCCUAUGUUAUGUGCAUGUUAUCCAAAAACCCUCUAGUUUACUAUUGGUUUCUUAAAUGUAGCUCUUUCAGAACUCCAGUAGCUAGGUAAGAUCUGUACCGUAUGAGAUGUGAUCUCAAGCUUCUAAAGCACCUACUACUACCACUACUGGUGCUACUAUUAUUACGUACUACUGACUUUGUGUUAACUAAGUUGUGUGAACUUGACCUGGAACACAACCACUGCAUAUUUAAGAUGAUGUGCUAGUUUAUAUAUUUAAAUUUGUACAAUUUAUUAAA